CCUCAAAAUCAGAAUGCGUUGGGUGUUGCUAGUAUGGCUUUUAGCAGCCAUGGCGACGUCAGCUGUUCAAUCAGCUGCAUGCCCUCCGAACACAUUUACGUGUGCCGAUGGAAGUUGCAUUCCAUCAGAUUGGAAAGGAGAUGGUGAGAAAGAUUGUGAAGAUGGAUCAGAUGAAGAAGCGGUUACCGGUGAGACAACAACAAAGUUUGAUGAAGUCGUCAGUGCACCGACAACACCUGGAUCAGAUGAAGAUUGUGAUUGGGGAAUGCAACAGAGAAUUGAUAACUGCUCUGAGCCAAUUGUACACUUUUUAAGUCAAAUUGAAAGAUUGAACUUGAAGAAUAUGUCAUUCCUGACGUCAUCGGAAAUUCAAUCGCGAUUCGAAGCCGGAUGUAAUCUAAUGACAACCUACCAAGAAUGUGUUGGAAAUCAGAAGGGAUGUAUGCCAGAUGAAGGUGUUCAUUCAUGGGGAGAAGUUGAAGUUUUUAUGUGUCAAUUGGUUCUUCCAUCAGUUAAAGAACAUGCUGGAUGCUUCAAAUCAUCUGCUGAUCCAAGAUGUGAUGCUAGCAAGACAUCAUCAUCUUCCACUCUCUGCGGCCUUGUCACCUCAAUUCAAACUGCCACAUCUUGUUUAGAAACCAUUCGCCCGGAAACUUGCUCCUCCGAUGCUAUUGAGAUGCUCAGUCCAAUCAGAGAAGAGACUGAACACAUCGUGUCAGCCAUUAGAUGUGUGACACCUGAACAGCAUGCAUCAAGCACUACUCUAAUUGUCGAUGAGACAACUGAAUCAACAUCGGCAUCCGCUGAAGAUGAUGAUGAUGAUGUAUUGACAACAAACACUUCUGAAGAAUCAACAGCAACUACUGCUCAUGAUGAAGAGGUUGAGAAUAAACCAGCUCUUAAUAUCAAUAUGGCUGAUGCUGUCAAUUCCCUAUAUUACAUUUAUGAUAUCUGCUCUGCCAAUUAUUCUGCUGAUCCAUUUGCAGCUAUUGCUGAUAAAAUCUGUGCAAAGCAGGAUGAAAUUGCAAAAUGGUCUAAUUGUUAUCAGAAGACAUUGGAGAAGGAGAAAUGUGCAAUCAGAAAUGCCACUUCUAAAUGUGAGGCAUUGAUUUCUUAUAAUAACAAUUUGGAUUGUGCCAUUGUUACCAUGAAUGAUGAAUGUGAAGUUGAUGCUCAAAAUCUUGUUGUAGAACUUCAAGAAGAAGUUAAUGAUCUCAUCAUUGCUGGAAAAUGCUUUGAAGAUAAGAAAGAAGAAGAAAAGGAACCAGUCAAUGAUGGUGACUUCCAUCUCCAAUCAACUCUUCCAAAAUGUACUGAAGAGCAAGAAAACGGAGCACUUGGAUGUCUUGUUGAACUUGUUGAGAUUAACAAAAAGCUCACAGCAUUUGCAAAUCUUAACUUCCUUUUGGAAAUCGCCAGUCCAAACUCGACGGUUGUCGAAGGAAUUUGCUCAUUAUUUGCUCGUUACGAACAAUGUCUAUCUGCAACUGUAUUCAAAAAUUCUCAACGCUGCUCGUUUGCUUCUCCACUCAAUUCACUCGCCAGAAUCGGUCUCGCACCAAUCUGUUCCCUGGAUUCCCGACCAUUGUUGUCAAAGCACAGAGAUUGUUUCGAGAAGCUUGCCACAGAAGCUGAUGAAGAUACAAAUUGCCAAUCAUCUCUUUCAACUCUCUCAAAUACAGUUCAAAUGAUGCUUCAGGGAGUUCACGGAGAAGCUCUUCUAUGUAAAUCUUUCUACACAAUCAGAGAUACUUUCACUUGUGGAGAAAGAGCUGUUAAGAACAAAUGUGAAGCUGAUGCAUUGACUGAUUUGCUUAGUUUGAAGACCAAGAUGACAUCCCUCGGAGAAGAAGAAGGUUGUCCAAGAGAUCCACCAGCAAAUCUUGAUGAAAUUAUUUCUCGUCCAGUUGCUCGUCCAACGCCAGUUACCAUGCCACCAAGAGCACCAACUGCCAAGCCACUUCCAAUCCCAUCUGCACCAACUCCUCCAGUUGCUUCAUCCAAGUGUUCUAUUGAAGAUCAAAAGAAGUUUGAGGAAUGUGUGAAGCCUCUUACUUCAUUCCAGCCACAUCCACUUUCAGUCAUCGCAAUUCCAAGAGAUAUUGAUCAGGCAUGUGAGGCAUUCCAUACGUUUAAGGCAUGUUCUGCAGAGAGUAACUGUCAUCCAUUAUGGGCUCGUGGAAUGAGUGCAAUGUUUGAGUAUGCUUGUAAUGAAGCAAAUGAGCAAUUCAAAAAGGUUCGAAAGUGUAUUCGUGAAACAUCAAUGAUUGAAGAAGUUCGUUCAUGUGUCUCUGACUUCUCCCGAGGAGCACCAACAGCCGCUUGCAUGUCCUCCAACCGUCUUCAUUCAUGUGCAAUCCCACAAAUUCAAGGAAAAUGCGGUCAAGAUGCUGCUGAUUGGGUAUCAAAUUACAUUAUCAGAUUUGCUAAUGCUAUUGAUGUCCGAUGCAAGGUUGGAAGACAACUUCCAGUGGGAAGAGUUGUUGGAAUUGGAUGUUCCGCUGAAGAGGAAUCAAUUAUUGAACACUGUGCAGCUCCACUCAAUGAUAUUGGGUCUCGAGUGGAAGAGUUGUUCGCAGGAGGAAUGCAGUCACUUAUCAAGAAUAUCAAUUCACUUGCUCCAGUGUUUGCAGGAGCUUGUAACUUGACUGAUGAAUUCAAAACCUGUGCUCAUUUCCUUCUCGAAGGACGUACGUCAUGUGUCGUCUCAUCUUGCAUGGUUGAGGCUGGAAGAGGAAUCUGUCAAUUGUCCGAUCCAGCUAAAGCAAUCGAUGACAAUCUCUCUUGCCUUUUCGGUCAAGCUCAAGAACCAAAGUUUGCUCAAUGUAUAAGAUCAACCAUCUCUACUUUGAAACAAUUCAACUUGUCAACUUUGAGAGCAGUUCUUCCAAAAUUCAUUGAUUGUACAAGAGACAUUGUUGUGGCUAAAUGUGGAGAGAGCCCAAUUAAGAUUAUGAAAGCAAUGAGCACUCCAGAUAUUUGCCCAAUUCGUCCACAUCAAGCUCCAAUUGUUCCAAUUAAUCAACCAGCAAGAGUCACUCCAACUCUUGAAACUGUUCUUUCAUCAUCCACAAUGGUUUCAACUUCUUCUGAAUCUGACUCUGAAUCUGCGCCGGAACAAGAAACAGAACCAACUGUUCCAUCUACAACCGAAACAACCGAAUCCCCAUCAACUCCAACUGAUGGAUGUGGAGAAUCUGGACUUGUUGAAUAUCUUCAAUGUGAAACACAUCUUGAUCAAUUCGCUUUCCGUCCAAUUUCUAUCAUCGGAGAUGCUUCUAAAUGGGAUCAAUUCUGUCAAAUGGCUAAUCAAACAUACAUUCCAUGUGUUGAAGGACUCAAGUGUAAAUAUGAGCCAGCUGCAUCUGCUCAAAUUGGUCUCAUUGACUCGAUUUGUAACAGAAAGAUCACUCUCAAAGAUCAGAAACAACACGGUAUGUGCCUCUCGGAGUACACCAAAUCCGAUGCUGGAGUUGCUUGCAUUUCUGAUUUUGGAAAGAUUGAUCAAUUGGAUAGCAGUUCUCCAGCACAAAUGUGUGAUGGAAUCAACCAGGUAAUGAGAUGUUCAACUAGUGAAAUCGAGAAGAGAUGCGGAUUUGACGCUGUUUUGCAUGUCUUCAGUAUUCAUAUGCACUGGGCUAAUCUAUUCAAUGCUUCUUGUAUAUUGGAGUCUCCAGAGCCAACGAAGGAUUCUACGAGCAUUGAUGUCAAUGAAGUAGAACCAUCUCGGGAUCAGAAGCCAGUAGUUGUAACAAAGGAUGAGACAACACCAGUAUCAAUCACAACUGCUAUGAAUAAUGAUAUCACAGAAUCAGAAACGACACAAAGUCCUCCAGUUCAAUCUUCUGUAUCAUUCCACAUUAUUCUGGCAGCACUUAUUCCAUUUUUUGCCCUUUUCUAGGUGCUUUCUUGCUCCAUUCUCACCGUUGAUUGUGAUGUCAUUGCACAUCGAUUUAUUUCUCAUACUGGUCAAUUUUCAUUGUUUUUUUUUAAUAUUCUUUGUUCAACUAUUUUAUCUUCAUAAUUUCCCCAAAAUGCUCCACUUCUUCCCAAACCUUUUUACAGAUCUUCUGCAGGGUUUCUUAACCUUUUUUCUUCUCUACUUUUAAUCACAUUUUCGCCAACUUCCACGUGUAUACGGUGUGCUACAUUAUUUGAUAGGCUUGAAGCCUGCAUUUGUAUACUUAUGAUGUAAUAAAUUAUUGAAACUUU